CUCUCAGCUCGAACCUCACUUUCCCACCCGAGCCAGUCAAACUUCCAAAGAGGUAUGUAUGGUCUACUUCAACGCCAACAGCGACUUCGGCAGGGCGAGAUGACGCCUUUUAUCGUGGCUGGGGACAGCAAUCAUCAGCGUCGGCCCCGAUGAGCGACAAUGCGAUGAACGCGCGAUGCAUCAGCCAUCAUGCUGUUCCGUUUGGCGCAUUCACGGCUUGGCUGGCGUCUCUUGAUACGCUGCCUCCCCUCCGGCAAUGAGCAGGCUGAACCCUCGUCGACGGAUCGCUGAGGGCACUCUCCAUGUUCAGAAGAGCCACCCCGAGUCUAACAUGCAUUGUCCAUUGGUAGAUACCUCAUUUCCCAAACUCGACUUGAGAAUCUCCUGUCAAUACCGCCAAAAUGGUCCGCACUUCCGUUCUCCACGACGCCCUCAACUCCAUCAACAAUGCCGAGAAGUCCGGCAAGCGCCAGGUCCUGAUCCGACCUAGCUCCAAGGUCAUUGUCAAGUUCCUCCAGGUCAUGCAGCGCCACGGCUACAUUGGCGAGUUCGAGGAGGUCGAUGACCACCGCUCCGGCAAGAUCGUCGUUCAGCUGAACGGCCGUCUCAACAAGACUGGUGUCAUCUCCCCCCGCUACAACGUCCGUCUCGCCGAUCUCGAGAAGUGGGUUGUCAAGCUGCUGCCUGCCCGUCAGUUCGGCUACGUUAUCCUGACCACCUCUGCUGGUAUCAUGGACCACGAGGAGGCCCGCCGAAAGCACGUUGCCGGCAAGAUCAUCGGCUUCUUCUACUAAAAAAUUGGCGAUGAGAGAGAAAUAAAAAAACCAUUUUGAGGCAUUCUCGGCGUUUCAAUGGUGAUCGCGGUAACAGUGAUCAGCGUCCUUUGAUUUAUACCCGGAUAGUCACUUU